AUGCCGUCUAGAAAAUCGGGCGCCGCCACCCAGAAACAGCACGAUAUUGAUAAUACCGUUACGUCUAUCGAUGUGGACCUCAGCAGUGACAUAGACGAAGGUUUCAACCCCGUGCAGGCUGCGACAGACCUGAAGAAGGUGGUUGAAAUACACAAAAAGCGCCGCCAUGCAAUGCGCAAGAAGAUUGAGGCCAGAUACGAGGCUCGUGUGACCGACAUUGUUAGGCGCACAGAAAGGCGUUUGGCCGAGCGUGAUGAGAGAAUCGCCGAAGUUCGUGGGGAGCAGCUGGCACGCCUGGUGGCUGCAGUGGAAGGGAAAGACACCCAGCAGCGCUCGGCUGCCGGCAAGGUGGCGCGGUUCUACGAUGGCUGCAUAAACCUAGCGAACGUUAUAGAGAGCGUUUAUACCGGGCUGGCAGCAGAAGCGAAGGCGGCAGAUUUGGUAGCGUCGGUAUCUGGCGAGUGA